CGUUACACCUCUGUUGCUAUACUCCUAAACAGAACGGCUAGUACAACCAACCAUUGAGAGGUUUACCACAUGACAAUUUGUUUGUUUAUAUUUAUUCCAAAUCUGUGCGACUGCGUCCACUUCAUCUCUAUUUGGAACUUCAGAGCGUGAAUUAUCAGCGAUAUGAGAUCGUGUAGAAUUUCUCUUUGGAUGUUUCGAAGACGGUGAGGUCGAACGUGCAACGGAUACCAUAAAAAUGCUUUAUACCGUAAUAAGAAGAGACAGAAGAACGUUUACUUCCAUCGGAGAAAGAUGUAUCAUCGGUUUCGAAUUGCGGUUCUGGCGAUAUUGUGGUGGUUGAGCGUCGCGUCGAGCGAAGGCGACGUCGUCCGCAACGAGGACGUCUGCGGGCCUCAGAAUGGUCGACGACUGUACCUGGAGCUAGGGGAGAAGGGUAUUCUAUAUGCGAAGAACGUUUCCGUUGCGAAGAACGAAGCUAGACAAGACAGGUCACGCGGUUUCGCGAGCAACAGUUCCCAUGCCCAAUGCAGUCUCGAGCUGGUGACCUGUCCAUCCUGCGUUAUUAUUGUUACCUUCCAACACGUUGGUUUGGCUCAUCAUUGCGGCGAUGGUAGCGUUGUGAUGGACAGCCCGUGUAGGUGCGACUACGUCUGGAUCUCGGAGCCACCGUACGAGGAUGUGUCUGGAACUCCAUUUUGCGGAUUGUACGCGCCUAUUACGUAUAGGUCGAGCACGAGAAUCUUGUCGAUCACUCUGUUUUACAGUCAGUCGCACAAGCACGCGUUUACGCUCGAGUACACGGCGGAAAGAAAUAGAUUGCAUUUGAGGGGUACGGAACUGACGUCGACAGGCCAAUCGGUGAAGGGAUUGAACAGCACAGGUGGCGGGAUCUUGACGUCUCCGUUCUUUCCAGCUCGUUAUCCUCGCGACUUGGGAAUGGAGUACAUUAUCACGUGCCCAAGCGAAGCUCCGUCCUGUCGCAUAAGACUGCUCUUCAGCGAUUUUCAAUUGGCGACGGUAUCCAUUAUGGAAUUCUACGAUUGGAACGGGCAACGGCUGGACGUGAGCAGUGGUGCGAGGUUUCGUCCACCAGUGAUAAUGAGCUCGGGCUCCUCGUUACUGAUACGAUUCUACGCGAACGGUGGCACGGGAUUGGGCUACAAAGCAUUCUACUCGUUCGUGAUAGGCCAUGUGUUGGACAAGUCCGUUCAACCGAUCACCGACUGCGGCGGCUACGUGGAGAACCUUGGCGGCACCAUCACCAUGAUGGACAUGGUUGACGAGGGAGUGAAGACUUACGAUUGCGUCUGGCUUAUUCGGCCACCGAAGAAUUUUUUGCAUAUGAAGACGCACAUGUACCUGAAGGUGAUAACUUUUGCAGACAUGGCCGGAAGCACGGAACUGGUGGUGAGGCAGGGUCCAACCUCGGCCCUGUUGCCACUAGAAAUUUUGAGACACCCUGCAAGCCAAGUCCAACCACCAAGGCACAGGGAACACAUAGAACCAGUUGCUAGCGGUUUCCACGUCAGUCUCCGAGGAACGUUCAGUUCAUCGUCGCAUUUAGCCAUCGCCUACGCGGCCUUCAGUUACAUGGAUUGCUUUGCGGGAUCUGAUUUCCUCUGUCGCAAUCAUAGAUGCAUACCGAAUCAGUUGAACUGCGAUGGAUUCGAUCACUGCGGCGACGACAGCGACGAACCAGCUACAUGCUUCCGAGAUUGGGAAUUGGAACCCGAGGAUAGAAAGUGGCACUUGAACAAGGCGAACUAUUACUUCCCAAAGAUUGACCGGUAUCCGGAUUUGAAGACGGCUACCCUAGUGUUCAUAGCCAGCAGCCUCGGUUUGAUCAUUCUGAUAUCGGCUUUGAUCGUUCUGCUGUAUAGAAUGGGCGCCAGGGCGAGGCAGCAAAGGGAGUUGCAAUCGAGACUACAGACGAUCAGCGAGUUAUUAGUGCUCGAUAUUGCAGACGGUGCACGAAUCGACGAGAUCUCGGUGUCGGAUGAUCCCCCGGUUUACGAGGCUCCUCCUGGUUAUGACGAGGUCGUCAAGUUCGGAUUCGACACGGAUAUCGUUUCUAGAAAAAAGAGGAGGGCAAUUGGCCGAGAACCGCGCAGCAGGAGUUCACCAAGUCGGAAUUGCUCGAUGGACGUUGCUCGAUCUUCCAAUUGCUCGGCGACUGAAAUGGUUAGCACCAGCCGUGGUAAUGAAAUGACGUCGACACAGAGCGCCAACGCCACACCUGUUUCGAAGACCCCGCGAUCUCGCUGCUUGCCCGACAGUCCACCGCCACCGUACGUCACUCCUCCAGGAUCCUUGUUGCGAAACUUCAGCGCGCCAAAUUCGACGGCUAUGUCUAGUGCGGGUGAAAGAGAGCCAGACAACGACCGAGCAGGGGAGGAUGCUGCUGCUGUGAGACUGCGGCGCGAGUGGUAUCGUCGAGGCAGGCAGUUCUCCCUAUCGUUGCCCGGAAACUGCGACCAAUCGUUAGUGUCGUCGGAGGGGCUCGUCCGAGUCUCGCAAUCCGUCGACGCCGAUCUUCUCGGUGGGUAUCUUCGGAAACGCGACGCUUCGAGUUCGUUUAGCACGGUCGACGCAUCCUGUGAUUCGCAGCCGAGGAGCUUGUGCGGUGCCUUGAGCGGCACCGAGCCAAACUUCGGCGACCAAGGGGACGUCGAGGCAACGAGCGCCGGGCUCAAUCAGAUGGUCGAGCGAGUCGAGGAAACGGUCGUGCGGCGAACGGUUCGAAAGCUCGAGGCAGGCGUCGUCGAUAGCAGCAAGAUGGGCGACACCACGCCGUUCGUAUGUUCCUGCGAAGGAGCAUGCGGUUGCGCCACGGUUCGUCGAUCGCUGUCGAUCAGGGAGCGACGCGAGAUCGACGUCGCUCGUUUUUGGCCGUUUCGUCGCGUCUCCAUUGAGCAAGAUGACCAGGAGACGGAGAAGGACGAGUCGAGCGAACGACAGGCGGUCGAAGAGCAAGAGGAGGAGCCGUCUCGAACGAAGAGCGCGAUAGUCAGGUUGCUUGGUGCGAGGGCUGGUAGAUGGCAGUGCGGUAGCGGCUGUUCGACGACCAGUUCGACGCCAUGCGGAACGCUACGUAGGUCUCCGAGGAAGUUCACUGUUUGUUCGCGCGACAGCCACAUCGGACGAAUUUCACCGAUGGGAUCGACCGCCAGUUACGAGAAGCUGAAUAACUGCGACUUCGAUGUUGCGCGCAAUAAACUUCUCCACGUAUCCGAUCCCAGCUUGAUCAGUUCCAACGCACAGGGACGCCGCGCGCGACGGUAUUCGAGCUGCGAUCUGGAAGGUCUCUACGAGGGCAUCAGGGUUCUAGACGGAGUUCUAACACGAAGAGGCUUGGCGAUGACGCACGGCCGCAAACAAUCGGUUACGAUCAUGUUGUUCGGUACACCAGACCACGGGGCCAUGCGUCGACGGGCGAUGGCUGACACGGAGAACAGAGCCCACGAAACUCUCCGGGUCUCUCGUUAUAGCUUAGAUGCCAUUUCCAAUUGAUCACUCUCUGUCUUCCACUCUAAGAAGUUUAUAUACGCGUGUAACGUCUUCAUACCCCACAUUAUCAUUUUCGAUAUUAAAGUAAGAUUCGACUUGGGUUCAAAGACGUUAAAGGGUAAAUCAAGAUGUCUCUUCUCGCAAUGUUCACGCUAUGAGAUCAGCUUUGAGGAUUAGAUCAGUAGAUGAUAGCUAUCCGUGCCGUUACGGAAAAAUUACUAGCUUUGACACCGACCACCAGUGCCGUCUCAAUGUAUGCUCGGGGACCCCGAGCUAAUUUAUGCUACGUUGAACUCAUGUGUGGCACAAAUGUAUAUUUGAAAAUGAAUGUGAACUUUGUACGGCAUUGGUCACUAAAAAUCUACCUCCCAAAUUAUAUCGACGUAAGAUUGAAUUGGAUUCACUCAUGCGUAUAAAGCAUGAUAUCCUGAAGACCAUGCAUUUUAAGACAGGCCUGUCAACCACGACGUUAUUUUUUCUGGACAGGUGUUUAGGUUGGUGAUGGAACUGGUAACUUUUUCUGCUCACAGUUCACAAGGGUCAUCUUAUAGUGUAAAGAUUAUACCAGUGCUUUCUUUGUACGCAAAGAAUUAGUGUAAGUUUGGCGCAUAGCGCUCAGGAGUAACAAGACCUUAAAGUCUUUAGCCUCUUAUAUCCAAGACCGCUAAUAGGUGUGCUAUCCAACUGGUGGGCUUUACUUGUGAUUUUUAUUGGGAUUACUAGACCUCUCAUCGCUAUACAGAUCAUCGAGUACACAUCAUCGAUGACUCGUUCACCUCUAAUCUUCAGUAUUAUGAAGAACAGGAGGCAGAGCCCUAGUAAUUUACCCUUCGAAGUUCUUGAACCAGCAAUCGAGUUGCAUGUUAGCUUAUCGUUGGUUUCAGACAAUUUAAAAUAAAGUUCUUUGGGGUGACAAGCAGAAGACACGAGCGUAAAAGCCGCUUUUGGAGUGACACUACAUGACAAUUGUAUUAUACACCUAGUAUUGUUGGUGAUAUGAAUUAAGCAUUUUGUUUUUCGGAUUGGUAUACGUAGAGCGAAAACAAGAGAAGCGUAAUGUGCCACAGUCAGCACCGAAUAAGAAAGAAAUACAUCGCGUCGUUUCGAACGAUGUUUUGUCUCCCUUCUUCCCGCUCGGUGACGAGCUACUUUACUCAAUUCUCCUGAAACCGAGCGGCCAAGGGGGACUGCGAAGGAGAUUCCCGAGCUUGUGACAGAUAGAGUCACCUUAAAUUUAAUUAAUCUUUGGUUACUAUGUAUAAUAUAACUGAGAACUGUACAGAACUAUAACUAUAAUAAAUAUAUUAUAUCACUAUACAAAAUACAAA